UUGAAGCGCACUCAUUUCUGGUUCUGCUUUUACCCAAAUAUACUUCCAAGAGCCUGCUUUUCUGCUCUUUCUCACUGGAGGCCUGUUUUGUUUCAAUGAGCUAUCGCUUCUGAUCUCUGGCUGAUUCCUUUGUCGUUUCAAUAUUCUGUCCUUGUUCUCCUUCACUUCAGCUCACCCUACUGUUUUUCUGUUUCCUCUUUUAUUUGUAAUUUAUAUUCAACUGUACCUAACCAUAUUCAGCUUCCGAUCACUGUUUAAUCCAAAUGAACUCGUACGAGCCCAGAGAAGAAAGCGUUGCCAUUAUCGGUGCAGGUUUGGUUGGCUGUUUAGCUGCUUUGAAUUUUGCGAAACUUGGUUACUAUGUUACACUAUUCGAAUUGCGAGAUGAUCCACGUCUAAGAGAUACCACUGACAAAAACUUGAGAUCAAUCAACUUGGCUGUCUCCGAACGUGGCAUCAAAUCUCUAAACUAUGUCGACUUGGAAAUGUCCCUAAGAGUUCUAUCCAAAAUUGUCCCAAUGAGAGCAAGAAUGGUCCACGAUCUUGAAGGCAACCAAAAAUCCAUACCCUAUGGUUUGCAUGGCGAAACCAUUAACUCGAUCGACAGAGGUUUCCUAAACGUCGAACUACUCAAUGAAAUCGACAUGAACAACAACAUCCAGAUCCUAUUUGGUUUGAAACUCGUCAAAUUGGAUUUCAACAAGAAAAAUAAUGACAACCCUAUCGUUUAUUUCCAAUCAAACAAAAAGAAAGACGACGACAUAUCCAACCCUAUCCAGUCCUAUGAAUUCGAUUUCGUUGUAGGCGCUGAUGGCGCCUACAGCCAGACUAGAUUCCAGCUACAAAAAUUCAUCAGAAUGAACUUUGAACAAGAAUACAUUGACACUGCUUAUAUAGAGUUGGUUAUUCCUCCAGGAAAGAAAAACUCAUACCAACUAGAUCCACAACACUUGCACAUCUGGCCCAGAGAAAAUUUCAUGUUAAUGGCAAUGCCCAACCACGAUGGCUCCUUCACCUCCACCUUUUUCGGUCCCUGGGACCUAUUAAAAAAUCUAAAUAACGACGAAAAGGUCCUUGGUUUUUUUCAAACAAACUUUCCUGACUCAAUCAAUCUAAUUGGCCUCCAAAAACUACUAUACGCCUUUAAAUACCACCCAAAGGGCGCACUAGUUUGCACCUUUUGCGAUCCUUACAACUACAAAGGAAAAUGUAUCAUAAUCGGCGAUGCUGCCCAUUCAAUGGUUCCAUUCUACGGUCAGGGAAUGAACUGUGGUUUCGAGGACGUCAGGGUCUUGACUGAUCUAUUGAAAAAACACAACUUCACCACUGAAUUGGCCUUCCAAGAAUACAGCGAAACAAGAAACAAAGACCUAAUCGCCAUCAUCAACCUCGCAAAGGAAAACUACAAAGAAAUGUCCCAAAGAGUCAACACACAACAGUUCCAAAUUAGAAAAACCAUCGACAACCUCCUCUACAGAAUACUAGGCGACAAAUGGUUGCCCUUGUACACCAUGGUCUCCUUCAGAAACGACAUCCCCUACUCUGAAGCUAUUCGAAGAGGCAGAAAACAGUACAAUAUCAUCACUGGUAUACAAAUUGGCGUCGCCACUGUUGGCAUUCUCGCUGGUUAUAAAUACUCUCGUUCUCUAUUCUCUUCCUUCACAAACAUGAUAAUAAAAAGCUUGAAAUAGCACCAGCGCUAACCAGUAGCCAGUAACCAGUAAUCACUAACCACUAACUAGUAAUACCUACCACAAACCCUUCUCUAUCUAUAUAUAUAUUCCCCCUGUGUAUAUCUCCCCCAUAUCUUUAUCAACUUCGAGAUACUGCUCAUCUCAUCGCCUUCGACUGCCUCUCUUUUCGUGGUCGAA